AUGCUAAUGCCGUGUCCGCUGCAAAAAAUGGACGUUUCUUAUGCGAAACACUGGAAGAAAAGACAGCCGUUGGAGGUCGGCCACAGGGGCAUGGGAAAUUCUUACACAAAGAUGAAUGCUGGCCGUGAGAACACAAUACAUUCGCUAAACACAGCCGCAAGUCGUGGCGCCGAUUAUGUUGAAUUCGAUGUCCAACUUAGCAAAGAUAAGAUUGCUGUCAUAUUUCAUGAUUUCCACGUGCUGGUUACGGUCGCGAAACGUCGGAUCCCGUGUGCGGAAUCGCAGACAUCCGAUGUAACUAGUGAUUACCACGAAAUGGCUGUAAAAGAUUUAAAAUUGAGCCAGCUGCAGUUGCUUCGUUUAGAGCAUUAUAAAGCAUACCCUGGUCAAGCGGUGCAGAAUUACACGAGACUGACUGCCGAAGCCGAUGAACAGGUGGAGCGGCUUCCAUUUCCAACACUGGUUGACGCACUGCGUCAGGUGGACCGAUCUGUUGGUUUCAACAUCGAGGUGAAAUAUCCGAUGAUGCAAAAGGUACUGCACUUUUUGUAG